AUGCCAAUUGCCAAGUCCCCAUUCCCCUUCCGGUCCCUUCCGAGGGCCAUGGAAUUCUCCCGAGGCCCACCAAUACCGUCCCUCAGCCGCGCCCGCCAUCUCCACGUUACCGCGAAGGCAGGCUCUGCUACACCUUCGUACGCAACAGCCUUCCAUGCCAAAGACGUCCACACUAAAUCCUUUCCCUGUACACUUCACUAUUACAGCCCACGCGGGCCGAGCCUUCUCGUGUACGACCAAAAUGAUGGGAAGGAGGCUACCCAAAGUUCUGAGGAGCUAUAUCGCCUUCACCAAGAUGCGGUGGUCGUCCAUAGCGACGGACUAGUCUAUCCCAGGCCUGCUGCCCCGCGAAUUUGGAAUGGCCUGUAUAUGCUUCCGAAUACGCUUCUUAUGCAGCAAAUCAUUACUAGUUACUUGGAUUGGUAUGAGACCAAUAAAGAAACGAAUGAGAAGAUAGCAAUGCCGUAUCUCUUUACUAUCCCCAAAGGAACACCAAUUCCUUUGGACCUGUUCCUCGCAAACGAGAAGAUUGAAGUGUUUCAUUUGAUGGCUCAUGAGGGAAUGACAUUAUCAGCGUCAGAGCUCGGGCUUACAACAUGUUGCUGGGGAGAAGAGAUGGGGGAGCUGUCGAGGGGAAGGAGGAGUAGGGAGGUCAAUGGGCGAAGGGUUAACCAGCAAACCAUACGCGAGCUAAAUGUAGCAAUUCAAUUCAGUCAGUUGGGGUGGCAGAUCGUGCUCGCAAUCUACCAGAAUCUUGUAGUCAAUCGAUUGCUGGCUCAGAGGCCGGCCGUUACCAUUCUUCUGGUAGCGGUGACGAGGAUCCUGGCUUAUGGCAGCAUUUUGGUAAAGCCAAAGGAUCUCGAGUAA